AUGGUCUGUAUGUCCUUUCCAGAACUAGCUGGCUCAGGACUUAGGAGCCCUGGGGAAGACAUGUGCAUGGGGCGGGUGUGUGUGUGUGUGUGUGUGUGUGUGUGUGUGAAGGGCCCCCCUCCCCUCCUGCAGGAAGCCCCGUGCACCCACCCUCCCCGAAGGGUUCACCUGCCCAGGGUGGGCCAGCUGAGAAGAAAACCAGAGCCGAACCCACAUCGAGGUGCGGGAAGGGGGCAGGACAGUGCUGCCUCCAGGACGGGGUCACUUCUCACCAACAGCGGCCCGCACUGCCCUCUGGAUGCUUCCAGACCCUGA